GCCAAGCACGCGCGCAAAGGGAUGCGAGUUAAUUUGGCUGCACUGGGUCAGGGGUCAGAGGUCAGGAUGGCGCACAUCACGCUCAAUCAGUACCUGCAGCAGGUUAUGGAGGCAAUAGACAACAGAGACGGGCUCUUCUGUGCUGAGAUGCUGUCCUUCAAACACCCGCAUGUGGCCAACCCUCGCCUGCAGCUGUCCAGUCCGGAGGAGAAGUGUCAGCAGCUGCUGGAGCCGCCGUACGACGAGAUGGUGGCCGCUCACCUCAGGUGCACGUUCGCUGUGUCCAAUCAUGACUUUGUGGAGGCCUACAAAUGCCAGACGGUUGUGGUUCAAUCAUUUCUGAGGGCGUUUCAGGCUCAUAAAGAGGAGAACUGGGCUCUGCCGAUCAUGUUUGCCGUGACCCUUGACCUCAGGAUAUUUGCCAAUAAUGCGGAGCAGCAGCUGCAGGGGAAGGGGAACGUUGGAGACAUGCUGGAGAAAGCAGCCGAUCAGCUGAUGAGCUGUUUCAGAGUCUGUGCCAACGACAAUCGCACUGGGAUCGAUGACUCCAAGAGAUGGGGAAUGUUGUUUCUGAUCAAUCAGCUCUUCAAGAUCUAUUUCAAAAUCAAUAAGCUGCACCUGUGUAAGCCUCUGAUCCGGGCGAUCGAGAGCUCCAGCAUGAAGGACGAGUACAGCACCGCCCAGCGCGUCACUUACAGAUACUACGUGGGCAGGAAGGCCAUGUUCGACAGCGACUUCAAACCAGCUGAGGAGUGUCUGUCCUUCUCCUUCACACACUGCCAUCGCUCCUGUCAGAGGAACAAGAGGCUGAUCCUGAUUUACCUUCUGCCCGUCAAGAUGCUGCUGGGUCACAUGCCCUCGCAUCAGCUGUUGAAGAAGUACGACCUCAUGCAGUUCGCUGACGUCACCAAGGCUGUGAGAGAGGGGAACCUGUUGCUGCUCAAUGAAGCGCUGGUGAAACACGAGACAUUCUUCAUCCGCUGCGGGAUCUUCCUCAUCCUCGAGAAGCUGAAGAUCAUCACAUACAGGAACCUCUUCAAGAAAGUGUAUCAUCUACUGAGGACUCAUCAGCUUCCUCUGGAUGCGUUCCUGGUUUCUCUGAGGAUGAUGAAGGUGGAGGACGUGGACAUCGAUGAAGUGCAGUGCAUUCUGGCCAACCUCAUUUACAUGGGACACAUCAAGGGUUAUAUUUCCCAUCAGCACCAGAAGCUGGUCGUCAGCAAGCAGAACCCAUUUCCUCCUCUGUCCAGUGUGUCCUGAACGCAGCUCCCAGAAUGCAUCAUCCUCAGUGUCACUCAUUCUGUGUUUGACUUUGUUUUUGUUAUUGAUCGUCAAAUAAACGUCACACUGUUUUGUACUUAUUUUUUUUAUUGUGACAUUUUCAAAUAUAUUGAACCCUGAUUUCUCACGACUCAAGCAUCUAUACUGGGAACAUUGGUGUAGGGUUUACUGUGAGACCAGUUAGUCACAAGUAACACAGAAAUACUAAUAUUGUAUUUUCAUUUGAAACGUAUUUGUUUUUCUCAUGCUCAGUAGUGAUUCUCAUGACGGUAACACGAUAUUUUGUCCAAAUCACUGAAAACAAAAACUAUGAUGAUGUAUGAAUACUUAAUCAAAGGUGAUGUGAUGAAUCUCUGCACCAUUAAAAACUGAAUUGCAAAAA